AUGGAUUCAAAAAAGAAAAAGAAGAGUGGUUACGAAUAUCGGGUGGCCAAGAAAAUGAAAGCAUUUCAAAUGUCUGCUAAUUCUUCUCAAAAAAUAAUUUAUUUUUAUACAAAUAACGUUGUUGGAGAAUCAAGCCAAACUUCCUUAGAAAACCCAAAACCAGAUGAACGAGAUCAGAUCAACGAAAAUCAGAAUGAAAAACUAGAGUUAGCAGAAUUAGAAAAAAUACAUGAAAUAACAACUAAAGUUAAACCGAAAAGUAUUGAUAUAGUCAACUUUUUUAUUUUUCAUCCAAUUCAACCGACCAAUUCUUCAUUAAUUUCUUUACCAUUUAAUGAAAAAAUAUUUUUUAGUGACCAAGGGGAUUGUAAAUUUAAUCGUAAAUGGUUGACAUAUGAUGAAAACAAUCAGAAGCUCUUUUGUAGUGUAUGCUUAGCUUAUAGCGAUGGAAGUUCUAAGUUUUGCUCUGGAUUCAAUGACUGGAAACAUAUAAGUCAACGAAUUAAAGAACACGAAAUAUCAAAACAUCAUAAUUCAUUGGUCAAAGCAUACAUCAGAGAAAAAAGGGAAAAGACGGUUCAACAUUUAUUGUGUGGUGAACAAUUGCAAAAAAGAAAAAUUGAAGUUAAUGAAAGGCGAUGUGUACUAUUGCAGAUUAUUGAAGUCAUAAAAUUAAUUGGUAAGCAAGGAUUACCAUUUAGAGGCGACAAAAGUGAAGCAGCUUAUAAAUUAGAUGAUUCCUCGUUAAACCAUGGCAAUUUCUUGGAAAUCAUUUUAUUAUUGUCGAAAUCUGAUAAUAUAUUAAAAUCUCACAUAGAAAAAUCGAUUAAAUUAAGUAAGGAGCAUCAUGAUAGAGCACAAAAUAUAAAUAUGAAAGCAUUGAAGACCACUACUAAAAUUGGAAGAGGAAAUCUAGUUACAUUUCUCAGUGCAACUACAGUAACUACAAUAAUAAAGUUGAUUGGUAAAGAAAUUAAAAAUAUGAUCUCAAGAGAAGUUAAAAAAGCCAACAUAUUUUCUGUUAUGAUGGAUACAACAAUGGAUUUAUCAUCAUAUGAUCAAUGCUCGAUUGUCCUUAGAUAUGUACCACAUAAUGAAGUAUGUGAACGGUUAAUAGGGCUGAAACACGUAACUUCGACGUCUGGGAAUUCACUAUUUGAAACUUUAAAGGAUACAUUGGCUGAACUUGAUUUACCACUGAAUAAUUGUGUGGCGAACGCUUUUGAUGGUGCGGCUAACAUGAGUGGUCAUUACAAUGGUGUAACCGCUAAAUUGUCUGAAGUAAUCACUAAUCAUGUUCAUACAUGGUGCUAUGCGCAUGUAUUAAAUUUAGUUCUUUCUGAUACAACUCAAUGUUUGACUCCUUGUAUGUCAUUUUUUAAUCUUGUUCAAGAGGCAUUCGUAUUUUUUAAGGAAUCCUAUAAAAGGAUUGAUUUUUGGAUUAAAGGUGAUUUAAGUCCAGAAAAUGAGUCAAAAUUUGCUUACAUUCAACUAUUAGUAGCUCUAUACGAAAUAUCAAUUUCUAACCAAUUUAAUUCAAAAAUUAGAAACGACAGUCUUAGUUUAAUGAAAAAGUUUUGCUCUUAUGAAACCGUUUUAGUCGCAAUGAUGUUUCUGCAGAUAUUUAAAAUAACAACACCGUUAUCCGAUUACCUUCAAACAAAACAUCUAGAUUACAUUCAAGCCUGGCGUCAUGUUUCUAGUGCCCAUAAAAGCUUACAAUCAGUUAGAAACCGUUUUUGUGAUAUAACAAAAGCUGCUAAAACAUUCGUAGACUUUGUAGUUAAAAAAAUUGAUGAAAAGGAGCUUCGUGAUAUUGAAAUAGAAGAAAACCUUCCGAAGAAACGCAAACGCACUGUGAAACGUAUGGACGGUGAAUUAACCCGAGAUGAAGAACCAAAGCUCAAAGAAGAACUUAUUCCUUUUGCUACAUCUUGGCCUUUAAUUUGUGAAGUUGGUUUACAGAGUACGUAUGAAGAUUCAAGUCAAAUCGAUACCGUUGAUGAUGAUGAAUGGGCUAAUGAGGACGAUUUAAAGUGUAGUAAAGUAAAAGAGUGUAAUUGUGAAAGAGACAUAGUAAAUCAAGUUGAUGGAAAUCAAAUCAUAAAUGCUCUAUGUUUGAACAGUAAAGAAAUGCAACGUCUACUCACAUAA